GUGUUGUACUUAGUUCUUGUGAUUAAUAUUUCCGGUGGAGUGCAUGCAAGUGCUGCUCGGGUGGUGGUGCGCAAGCUCUGAGGGAGAGACGAAAGAAUCGGAAUCAGAUGCAAUACUAGAAAAUAAACAAUGCGGAUGAAGUCCUCUCGCAAGAGAUGGAUGGUCGCACCGACCGACCUCCGGUGCGUGGUGUCUGUCGUGCUUUCUUCUUGCCAGCUUCUGCACACCACAACGACUACCUCUACUCUAAUUGCAGCUGCACUCCGCCUACCCGGUUUGGAGGAGGAGGGCCAUUGGAAUCAUGAAUGGAGCAGAAUUACUACUUCUCACAUUCAAGGCGCAGCAGGAAGACAAAAAGUACAGCGCAACAAAAUUUCUUUUCCACAAACGGUAAGACAAAUCCCGUCCCCGCUGGACGUCAUAACGCAGAGUGAGCCCACGGGCGACAGCCCAGACGAGGUCUUUGCGGACGACAGCGAGUCUGUAUGACAGUGCACAGUUUUCCCUCCCCCUCAUUUGUCAUGCAAAAUCCCAAAUCUACCUUCUCCCUGAUAGCACUUUUUGCAUGACAGAUCAUGAUUCCGAAAGGCAAAACAGAACUACAAUCCUCUAGGAAUUUGUCAUGCAAAAGCUGCAUCUUUGCCCGCGCUUCCGCUUGUGGUACUGGUCAUGCAACACAAGAAAUGAGGGGGGAGGAGUUGCGCAUUCUCAUAGUCUGCUUUUCCGGUUGCGAAGCAGGAGUGGUUGGAUGAUCUAGUGAAUGAACAGGAUCCGGCUAACGGCAACCUGGAAACCCCACCCUGCGACUGCGAGUGCUGUUUCGUUUCGGAGAAGGCAAGUGUGACGACUGCGAGUUCGAAGGACAACGUGCUGUCUUUCUUGUUCAGAAAGUCUAUCACUACAACAGCGUCGUCGAAGCAGGAUGUUGUUGAAACAACCACGAAAGCAGCUGCACCUGUCUGUGACGUGCUGCCCCCGGAGAUUCGCGAAGGGAACAACGUCGUGGCCGAUAUCCUAUGUAAAAACGUCCCCACCUCCCUGGAGUCAAGAUGUGGAUUUUGCAACACAAACCUAGAAGUUUUGGGAGUCACACAUGACAAGUUGCAGUCCGCAGUGUAGUACAGGUUGCUGGCAAGGACAGCCGCAUCGCAAAUCCAUUUGCUUAUCCUGUUUGCAGCAUAAUACAAAUUCCAAAACACAACUGGAAAUGCCUAUCAUGCGGAUGCGCAUCACAAAUGUUCCUGUUAUUGCAAAUCUGCACGACAACUCCGGAGUGGGGACGUUUUUACUGAGGAUCGCGGAGGUUGGGGACAAGGAGAUCAAAGAAAAAAAAAUCCUGGACGCAGACGCAAACACCGGCGGGGACUCCAGUCUUUUCAAAACGUAUCAAAAGGUCGAAGACACGGAGCGGAUAGCGCGAGAGCAGUUUACGCCGCAGAAGAAGAACGCGAUUGUGAAGCGGUGCGUCAACCUGCGCACUGGGUUGGCGGAUACCUCCGGCCGGCAGCAGUGUCUGAUGCAGGACUCGCGAAAAAAACCAUUGGAUCUCUCCUUCUUCUGCCUGCGCGAGUGCGAGCAGGGAAAAAAACCGAACGGGAAGAAAUUUGUCACUGACUCGCUGGCGAGUAACCAGUCCGGCGUGGAGGGUGAGAGGAAGUUGGAAUUGUGUAAACCGAAGUGCAAGCCGGGAGCGAGCAGCGCGCCGUGUGAGGCGUCGUAUCCCCCGAAGAUAUCAAAUGCAAAUAUGUCUGGGUCCUCUGGAAGGAUGCAGAUUUUUGUCAUGCUGUUUUUCCAUGACCACCGGCAGGUCUGGCAAGCAAGGUCUAGCAUUACAGGUUUUAUUGAGAAGUAGCUGCGUCGAUGCCUAUCCGCAUGACGUCGAACAAUCGCCUAUUUUUACGGUGACAAAAAUGGGCAACAACUCUUGCUGUCUAUGCAUGAGAGAUUUUUGUGUGUUGUGAGAUGCGCAUCACAAGUUUCGUCUUUCCAGACCCAGACAUUUUUGGAGUUGAUAGAAGAAACCAGUGGACCAGACCGUGGAUGUGCCCGAGCCGCCGGCGGAGGUGAAGGGGGAUGAUGACGAUGCGAGAAAUAUCCUGGAGAGAAACGCCCCCACCCGAUAGUCAAGAUGGGAAAUCUGCUACACAAAUCCCUAAGCUUUGGCUGUCGCGCAUGACAAACUUGGGCGAGCGAUUUAAUCGUAUUCAGCUAGUGCAGUAGCAUCACAGAUUCUCUUUCUCAUGCUGAUUAGAGCAUGGCAAGUCUCAAAUCAACAUGAGAAAGCGCCUCUCGUGGGUCUCCGCAUGAGAAACAUUUUAAGCAUGCAGAUUUGCAUUACAACUUUGGGGUGGGGACGUUUUUUCACAGGAUAAGAAAGGAUCUCGGCUACCAGGGGCCGAUCGAGGCGGAGAAGGCGGAGACUGAGUAUGAAGUGGAAGACGUGAAACCGGACGUAAAAGCAGCGGAGGGACGGAACGAAAAGAUCAUGCAGGAAGCGGUGCAGGAUGCGGAGGAAGUGAUGAAGUUGUUGUGAGCUAACGCACACGUUUUCGCCAUCGGUGAUGCUGCAGCUGAACUUGGGAGGAUCCGUUAUUUUUUCCAAUUGAAUUUGAUUUUUAAUUGACUCCGUAGUGUGACCUGUGGCUUCUUUUUAUCUUUUCCGGUGUGAAACACAGCAUGAUAGAUUUAGCAGGUGUAGCCCUCGUGCAGCACCAAGCUGCAUUUUUGCGAAGGACUUGAAUUCUACAAAUACAAGGGCAGGAAGAGGAUGAAGAUUAUCAACCAGCGCACGCAUCGGCCUUACUGUAGUGCAACAUCCUAAGAGGUGGAGAGAGACUCAGUGUUGUAGAAGUUGUACUACGUGAUAAAUGUCAAAUCACAUCGCGGUUCCCGAGCACGACCAUUGCUGCGGACAUGAAGAUUGUCGUACAUAAAGAUAAGAUUGUCGUAGGUAAAGAUAGAGCAGCCAAUCGUAGAA